AUGGCCACAGAAGGACUAGAGGCCCGACUUGCUGGCACAGGGAGCCAGGUGUACCAGUCGCUCGUGGCAAAACGCACAUCGGUUGUGGAGUUCCUCAAGGCAUACAAGCUAUUCUUGGCAGCCGUCAGCCUCAAUAAGGUGCAUAUCAUCUUCCCCAACAGGAACAUCGUGGAUGCCGUGGCAGGGAGGAGCAAGUUGCACAUUGUGGCAUAUGGUGUACAGUAUGGUUUACAGUGGCCAGGCUCGCUACAUCUCCUUGCAGGCAGAGAAGGUGAACCUCCAGAGGUGAGGUUCACUGGCAUUGACCUUCCGCAACCUGGGUUCCGCCCAGCGUACCAGAUUGAAGAAACAGGCCGCCGGCUUAGCAACUGUGCCCGUGCAUUUGGCGUGCCAUUCAAAUUCCAUGCUAUAGCAGCAAAGUGGGAGACGAUCUGUGCUGAGGACCUCAACAUUGAUCCAGAUGAGGUGCUUGUUGUGAACAGCGAGUGCCACUUCAGCAACUUGAUGGAUGAGACUGUUGACGUUGACACCCCAAGCCCCAGAGAUUUGGUGCUCAACAACAUUCGAAAGAUGCGACCCAAUAUUUUCAUCCAGAUUGUCAAUAAUGGCACAUAUGGUGCUCCAUUCUUCCUCACACGGUUCCGGGAGGCACUGUUCUACUACUCAGCACUAUUUGACAUGCUGAUGCAACCAUUCCCCAGGAUAAUGAUGAACGGCUGCUGA